GCCUUCCAUCAGUUUGGUUUCCAUCACACUGUGCUUGACCUUUUCAUUGCGAGGAUCCCCCCGUUUAUAUACUGUCAUUUAAACACAAACGCAUCAGAGAAGAAUCGAACCGAUUAGAGGUUUGAACGCGCUUUUCACGCGAAACGCAUCGCGCAAAGUUUUUCUAUUUUUAUAUAUAGAACAAGUGUAAAAAAAAAGAGAACACUUUGGAGAAAAUCAGUUUUUCAUACGCAAUUCUUCUUAUUAUCACACGAAAAUUAACAAAAAAAAAAGGAGGAUCUCCCUCGAGGUGAAAGUUUCCCUUGUAUGCUGACAUUGUAGGGUUACAAAAUAAGAAUCUACAAAAAUGGUUGAAAUCUUACUAGAGUCAGGUGGACAGGAAGUGGCAACAGCCGAAAGUGGAUCGAGGGCAGGAACGCCAACAGAAUGUACAAAAAAAUUACAAAACAAUAUAUCUAACGAAAAUUUGAAUCUCACACCUAUUCAAGAAUUUUAUGUGGGACAAAGUAUUUUUAUAACUGGAGGAACUGGAUUUAUGGGAAAGUUAUUAAUUGAAAAAUUAUUGCGAAGUUGUCCAGGAAUUGCAUUUAUCUAUCUUUUGGUACGACCAAAAAAAGAAAAAGACGUCCAUCAGAGAAUAGAAGAAUUAUUUGAUGACGCUCUUUUUUCUAGAUUAAAAGAGGAACAACCAAAAUUUCGCCAUCAAAUUGUUGCAGUCUCAGGAGACUGCGGUUUGCCAGGACUUGGAUUAUCUUCAUCAGAUAGAACAACAUUGAUUCGUGAAGUGUCAAUUGUCUUUCAUGUAGCAGCCACAGUUAGAUUUGAUGAAAAAAUAAAACUAGCUGUUGCCAUAAAUGUUCAAGCUCCAAAGGAAAUUAUAUCUCUUUCGAAAGAAAUGUCCAAUUUAAAAUCGGUUAUACAUGUAUCAACUGCCUAUGCAAAUUGUCCUCACAAUUCGAUUGAAGAAAAAUUUUACGAUCCACCAAUGGAAGCAAAUAAACUUAUUACACUGACUGAUUGUGCUGAUGAAAAACUAAUCGAUUCUUUAACACCACAGUUAUUAGGAGGAUGGCCUAACACUUACACCUACACAAAAGCUGUCGCUGAAGAAAUCGUUAAGAAAGAAGCUGGCAACUUGCCUGUUGGAAUAUUUCGACCUGCGAUUGUUGUAUCAACAUAUAAAGAACCUAUUCCGGGAUGGAUAGACAAUAUGUAUGGACCAACUGGAGUAGCUGCUGGUGCCGGAGCAGGAUUACUUCGAUCUAUACAUUGUGAUGGAUCAUUAAAAGCCAACAUUGUACCUGGUGAUUUGACUGUAAAUGCCUUAAUUGCCUCUGCCUGGGAUGUUUCUAGCAAGAAAAGUCUCGACAAAGAAUCAACGAAUGAAAUACCAAUUUACAAUUUUGUUUCUAAAGACAAUCCUGUAACGUGGGACGAAUUAAAGGAAAUGUCAGAAAAAUAUGGAAUUGAAGUUCCAUCAAUUAGAUCAGUUUGGUACUACAGUUUUAGAAAUAAUAAAUACAGAUUGAUUCAUUUAUUCUACGUAUACUUUUUUCACUUAUUACCUGCACUUUUGGUUGAUGCAAUUUGCAUUUGCAUGGGUAAACAAUUAAGAUUAAUGAAAAUCUACAAAAAGAUUCAUAGGUUUAUGGACGUGCUCAAUUAUUUUACAACAAAAGAAUGGAAAUUCUCAAAUGACAGGGUACACAAUUUGAUAAACAGAAUGUCAGCAAAAGAUCGUGAGAAUUUCUCCUGCGAUAUGAGAGAAAUAGUUUGGGAUACGUUCUUCAAAACUUAUAUCAAAGGAAUUCGAAUUUACUUGAUUAAAGACCCUAUGGAAACUCUACCGCAGGCGCGAGUAAGAUGGCAAAGAAUGUACUGGCUUCAUCAAGCAGUAAAAGUAAUACUUGGAUACAUUGCAAUCAGACUAGCUUGGAUGGUUUUAUCAACGAUUAUUUCGUUUUUUAUCUAAAAGCAAAAUACAAUUUAUAUAAUUGAAGGAAUCUCCAAAAGUGAAAAUCUCUUUUUAAUUGAGAAGAGUGUAUAGAAUUUUAAUGACGAGAAAAAAAUAUUUGAUCUUUUUCGAUUAGCAAGUGAGCGGAAGAGAGUGGAAAAAUAAGAAACAUGAAAAUAGAUAACACAAAAUCUUCUUAUAAAAAGUGAUAAUGUGAUAAA